AUGCCAACAAGAACUUACAUUUCCAAGAAUGAAGCACAUGCUCCAGGCUUUAAGGCUGCGAAGGACUGCGUGACAGUGUUGUUCGGUGCAAAUGCUAGUGGAGACUUAAAGCUUAAGCCUGUGCUGGUGUAUCACUCUGUCAACCCGCGAGCUUUAAAGGGUUACAUAAAGUCUACUCUAGGUGUUCACUUUAGGUCAAGCAAAAAAGGUUGGAUGACCGGACAAAUUUUUUCUGACCUUCUUAUGGAUGUUUUUGAAAAUGUUUCUAAAAAUUAUUGCAAGAAGAAGAAUAUGGAUUUUAAGAUUCUCCUCAUUUUAGAUAAUGCGCCAAGCCACCCUCCCACCAUUGCUGAGCUUUCUGACAAUAUCAAAGUGCUCUUUCUACCUCCAAAUACAACAUCUCUCCUUCAACCAAUUGACCAAGGAGUAAUAGCAGCCUUCAAAGCCUAUUAUUUGAGGCGUACGUUUAAGAAACUUAUUGCAGCUACUGAGGAAGGAAAUGAUAAGGCCAGUGUUCUUCAGUUUUGGAAAAGUUUCAACAUCAAGCAUGCAAAUGACAUCAUUGUGGAGGCCUGGGGUGAUCAAGUUGGCUUUGCUGAAGUGGAAAGUGCUGAUGUUGAGGAACUGCUCGAGUUCCACUGUGAAGACCUCUUUACAGCUGAUCUACAACAACUUUUUGCUGCUGGGGAAAUAGAAGAUGCCGAAGAUGAUGAAGUCAAGGAUGCAAAAUCACGAGAGCUUCCCACUUCUGUUUUGUCUUCUAUCCUGAGGGAAGUUGAUAAGCAGUUGCAGAUCUUGGAAGGCAAUGACUACAAUGAAGAAAGGAGCAGGAUUGCAGUUCGUGGUGAUAAAUCUUUUUUGGCACCUUAUGAACAGCUUCUUUGCGAAAGAAGAAAGACGGCAUAG